UCUGGGGGUGGUUUAUUGGGGUCAGGGGGCAUUUUAUUGGGGCUGGGGGUCUCGGUACCCCCUCUGACCCCCCACCCUUCCUCCCCCCAGUACGUGGCCUUCGCCUCGCUCUUCUUCAUCCUCAUCUCCAUCACCACCUUCUGCCUGGAGACCCAUGAGGCCUUCAACCGGGUCAUCAACAAGACGGAGACGGUGGCGGUGGGCAACGGGACAGGGACGCAGGUGGCGGUGGAGGUGGAGACCGAGCCCUUCCUCACCUACGUGGAGGGCACCUGUGUGGUCUGGUUCACCUUCGAGUUCCUCAUGCGCGUCAGCUUCUGCCCGGACAAGCGGGAUUUUGUCAAGAGCAGCCUCAACAUCAUCGACUUCGUGGCCAUCUUGCCCUUCUACCUGGAGGUCGGGCUGCGGGGCCUGUCCUCCAAGGCGGCCAAGGACGUGCUGGGCUUCCUGCGCGUCGUCCGCUUCGUCCGCAUCCUGCGCAUCUUCAAGCUGACGCGGCACUUCGUGGGGCUGCGGGUGCUGGGCCACACGCUGCGGGCCAGCACCAACGAGUUCCUGCUCCUCGUCAUCUUCCUCGCCCUGGGCGUCCUCAUCUUCGCCACCAUGAUCUACUACGCCGAGCGCAUCGGCGCCGACCCCGACGACGUGACGGGGAGCCGGCACACCUACUUCAAGAACAUCCCCAUCGGCUUCUGGUGGGCGGUGGUGACGAUGACGACGCUGGGCUACGGGGACAUGUACCCCAUGACGUGGUCGGGGAUGCUGGUGGGGGCCCUGUGCGCCCUGGCAGGGGUCCUCACCAUCGCCAUGCCCGUCCCCGUCAUCGUCAACAACUUCGGCAUGUACUACUCCUUGGCCAUGGCCAAGCAGAAGCUGCCCAAGAAGAAGAACAAGCAUAUCCCGCGCCCCCCCCAGCCCGGUUCGCCCGGUUACGGCCCCUCCGCAGCCCCCGCAGCCCCCCAGCCUGCGGCCCCCAACCCGCCUGGCAGUCCCCGGCCUCCCCGGAGGCCCCCGGCCCGCGACGCCUGCCCCUUGGCACAGGAGGAGGUGGUGGAGAUCAACCGGGCGGGUGAGUGA